GGCCUGAUCCCCUCGACAUGAUCUACAUCCUCUGCUGCCCUCUAUAAAUCGCAUAAUACACAAGGAUGAGAUCCAUCGAGAAGAUCAAUUGUUCUGGUGACGGACCGAACGCCACCAUUUGUUCAAGCGCCGCAGGGUCGGUCUGAAGAUGAAUGUCAAUGCAGCCGCGCCCAUCUUGCUCCUCCUGCUCGUUGUUCGAUGCCACGCAUUCUCCGCACACGGCGAUGACGCCGAGGGAUCGGGCGGCGGUCUCCGUGAGCUGGGCGAGGGCGGCGGCAGCAGCAGCAAGGCUAAGGUCGCCGGGUUGUGCGUUAACAGCCCGUGCGACGCGGACCCGAACCGGAUGUGCUUCUGCUGCACGAGGCUGGCCAACGAGCCCUGCUACGACACGCUGAGGCAGUGCGUCAGCGUCUGCCCCAACUGCAACUUCCCCGUCUGUCCGCCGCCGGCGGCCUCGGCGGGCCGGCGUACUCGGUUCGUGUUAGCUCCGGCGUCGGCGUGAUCUGUAUGCAGGCGAUGCUUAGCUAAUACAGUUGAUUUUUUUUUUUUGCGGGAAGCUAAUACAGUUGAUUAAUGUAACGAGGCAUCCAGAUUGCAGAGAAUGGGAAAUCAUAUCAUGUCUAACUGUGUAAGCGUGGUGUUAAUUAUAAAUCGACUGCGUCUUCAUUUCGACCAA